CCAAUCAAUACAUCAUAUAUCUACCAAAAAGGAAGGUUCACAUCAAUAAGAGCUUUCUUGGCGCUGAAUUCACUUUGCAUAACAAGAAGAGGGUCGAUUGGUAAUGGAAGAAGUGAAAGUGAAUGGUUGUGAUGGUGGAUCAAGCUUAGAAGAUUCUAACAAAGAUUUAGCAUAUGUAACUAAGGGAUUAGAAGCAAAAGCACAAGUUAUUGUAAAUGAUGUGAUUAUCAACGAAACUGAACUCACAAAAAUCCGUCUUCUGAGAGCCUUUGUUGAAACACAAGAUCCAUCUUCUAAGGAUUAUUCGGAGGGAGUACAUAAUAGGGGACGCUUUUGUAUUGCUAGAAUUGAAGAAUUUGAAGAAGAUGAUUUAACGAUUAGAAGAUUUCUACGUGCUCGUGAUUUAGAUGUGGAGAAGGCUUCAACAAUGUUCCUCAAAUACUUGAAAUGGAGACGUUCAUUUGUUCCAAAUGGUUCUAUAACUCUACCCGAAAUUUCUAAUGAUCUUGCCGACAACAAGGUUUAUGUCCAAGGACACAACAAGAUUGGUCAACCUAUAAUUUUAAUAUUCGGUGCAAAACAUUUUCAAAGGAAAAAUGGUCUAGAUGAAUUUAAACGGUUCGUAGUGUAUGCACUUGAUAAGAUAUGUGUCAGCAUGCCACGUGGGCAAGAGAAGUUUGUUAGUUUAGUAGAACUGAAGGGAUGGGGUUACUCAAAUAGUGAUGUGCGUGGAUACAUCAAUGCUCUCUCCAUUUUGCAGGAUUACUACCCUGAAAGAUUGGGGAAGUUGCUUAUUCUCCACGCACCAUACAUUUUUAUGAGAGUGUGGAAAAUAGUUAACCCUUUCAUUGACAACAAAACUAGGGAAAAGAUAGUGUUUGUAGAGAGCAAUAAGCUGAAAUCAACAUUGCUAGAAGAAAUAGAUGAAACUCAGCUCCCUGAGAUAUUCGGUGGCAAACAGCAAUUAGUCCCCAUCCAGGAUAUCUAAUUAAAUUAAUCACUACUUACAAAUUAAGGAGAUACCAUAACAAAUAAUAUUUUCACUAUAUUUUUCUACUCUAUGGUGUUGUCAUAUAUAAAUAAAAAGCUUGGAUAGUUGAUUGCUAUAUAUUCCCAUUGGUAUGUAACUAAUCACUCGUGGAGUUCUUGCCAAUCUUACUUGAUACAUUUAUCUUAUAUAUAUGAUGAAAAUGCAUUAUUGUUCUUAAUUUCUAA